UUGCCGCAAUCCUUGCCAUCCUUUUCUCCCGACUUCCUAAUUCGAAUUAAGGCGACUUCUCGUUAUGCUCGACCGUGUUAUUCGGCGAUAACGUAGACGACGUGGCCCAAUCUCUGGUCCAGAACACUAGGCGUGUAUCUGUCUCGCCUCUUCUGGUACCUUUUGAAUCUAAGCGUUACAUUUCUAGGCUCGACGUGCACGAUGCCGUAUCGCCAGCGGAAAUUCCCGCCCGUACCGCCCGUAUUGUAGAUCGGUUGUAUUAAGUAACAGAAUCCGUUCUGCUUCUUUUAAUACCUUCCGAAUUCAAGCGUUUCGCCCCGCCGUGAACGGCAACCACCAGAGCCACCACGGACAGCAAGGCGAAGUUCGCUACACCCUCGAAAAAGAGGUGGUUACCCCCUCGAACCAAAUUUAGCCUCAUUUCUUGAGGCGCCUCAACACAGCCACCACGGACAGCAAGGCGAAGCGGCGCGGGUUCCGGCCGCUGCAGCUCCUCCACGAGGCCGUUGCGCGCCGAGUCGUCGCCAUGUUUUACGGCGCGAUGGUGUGGGACCCGUGGCUCAUCGUGGCGCAGAUCGCGUGCCUGCAGUCCUUGUUCUACCUCUCGCUCGGCGCGCUUCUGUGGCUCUUCGUCGGGUCGCACGUGCCGCGAUUCACGCUUAAGUACUUCUUCGACUAUUCCGUGAUCUCCGUCUCCAGCUUCGUCGGCUGGUGCUGCAUAUUCGCGUUUCUGGCGAACGCGUUUGUAGGAGCCUUCUACCUGGUGGUGGUGGUGGAGCGCACCAAGAAGUGUCUCGACUUUGCGGCCACGGUGCAUCUGCUGCACGCGCUGCUGUGCCUGCUCUACGCAAGCCCGCCCGCCUCCCUCUCCUUCUGGCUCACCUCCUUCCUCUCCUGCCUCCUCAUGACUCUCCUGGGGGAGUGGCUGUGCCUGCAACGGGAGCAGAGGGAGAUUCCUUUGAGCACUGGGGGAGCAGGAGGAGGACCUGCAGGGUCGAGUCGAGCCAUGAAUUGACUGCACUGCACGGUUGUGUUCAUUUACCCACUCAAAAGUGCCAGGAAUGCAAAAGCAUGGGCCUGGCCUUCAGUGCUGCACUUCUUUGCUUAGCAGUCUGCACGGCAAAUUGGCAACAAGGCUGUGGAUUGAAUGCGCGAGUCUAUUUUUUAGGCACCUACAGAUUCGAGGGUAAGGCUGUGGUCCGAAUGCGCUGCAAUCUCCACCACCAGAUGCAGCGUGAGAUAUCAGAGGGGGCCAGG